UGUCGGUGCACGUAGCUUCUUGGAGGCGCUGCUGGGACCCGCUGGAAGGUCAGUGAACCUGGAGGAGUCUUGUCGGGAGUCAGUGGUUGGAAUUCAAAGCUGCUUUUGGUGCCGGAAUGAAGACCGUCUUGUGAUUUGGCUGGGGAUACAGGCUACUCCAGAAUAGCAGCAGUAGCAGCAGGUGGAGAAAUGGAGGUGCAGUCCUAUUAUGCCAAGCUCUUGGGAGAGCUGAAUGAACAGCGAAAGAGGGACUUUUUCUGUGACUGCAGCAUCAUUGUGGAAGGGCGGAUCUUCAAGGCCCACAGGAACAUUUUGUUUGCCAACAGCGGCUACUUCCGAGCCCUGCUCAUUCACUAUAUCCAGGACAGCGGGCGGCACAGUACCGCCUCCUUGGACAUUGUCACCUCCGAUGCCUUUUCCAUCAUCUUAGAUUUCCUCUAUUCUGGGAAGUUGGAUUUGUGUGGGGAGAACGUGAUUGAAGUUAUGUCAGCCGCCAGCUACCUGCAGAUGAAUGACGUGGUGAACUUCUGCAAGACAUACAUCAGGUCAUCCCUGGAUAUCUGCCGGAAGAUGGAGAAGGAGGCUGCCGUGGCUGCAGCGGUGGCGGCGGCGGCAGCGGCGGCGGCUGCAGCAGCAGUUCAUCAGGUUGACAGUGGAAGCUCCAGUUCUAGCAAGGAGGGGACCUCCUGUGAUACCAAGAGCUUGGUCUCCUGUCCCGCUGAGGAAGAAGAGCAUGUGGAUUGUCCAAGAGAGUCCCCUUGCGGGGACUGCAGAAACUGCCACCCCCUGGAACUGCUGGUGAAAGACAGCCAGGGCAGUGGGUCAGCGGACGGUGACCUCUCUACUCUGCCCAAACAGAUAGAGCCCAAGGUGGAGUUUGAUGCUGAUGAAGUGGAGGUGGAGGUUGGUGAGCAGCUACAGCAGUACGCUGCCCCGCUGAGCCUGGCCCACAUGGAGGAGGGUUUGCCCAGUGGCCAGGCCGUGGACUUGGCUUACAGUAACUUCCAUGUGAAGCAAUUCCUGGAGGCCCUCCUGCGCAACAGUGCUGUCCAGGGCAAAGAUGAUGUGGACCAUCACUUUUCUCGGAGUCUGGAGGGAAGACCAGAUGGCAUGGGAGGAGCCAUGACUUCCAUGAUGGAUGUCCAGGCCGACUGGUAUGGAGAGGACUCAGGUGAUGUGCUGGUGGUCCCCAUCAAGCUCCACAAGUGUCCUUUCUGCCCCUACACUGCCAAACAGAAGGGCAUCCUUAAGCGGCACAUCCGCUCACACACGGGUGAGCGGCCCUACCCCUGUGAGACCUGUGGCAAGAGGUUCACUCGACAGGAGCAUCUGCGGAGCCAUGCCCUGAGCGUCCACAGAUCCAACCGUCCAAUCAUCUGCAAGGGCUGCAGAAGAACCUUCACGAGUCACCUGUCACAGGGGCUGAGGCGCUUUGGGCUGUGUGACAGCUGCACCUGCGUUACAGACGCACAUGACGACGAGGACGAUUUGAUGCCCAUCAACCUUAGCCUGGUGGAGGCUUCCUCCGAGAGCCAAGAAAAGAGCGACACGGACAAUGACUGGCCGAUCUACGUGGAGUCGGGUGAGGAGAACGACCCUGCUGGAGACGAUUCUGACGACAGACCACAAAUGCGGCCCAACCUAACAGAUCGAGAGACACUCAUGUAGCAGUACCUUGGUGGGGAAGAGAUUUUAGAAUUUGUCGUCGCUCAUUCUGUGGUUGAAAGCCACCAUUUGUCCAAUUUUGUGGAACCCUGAGAGGAACAUCGUUUUCACUGUUAACGUAUUUGCAUUUUUGUUAAACUACGUAGUAGAGGUUUGACUUUGAAGCUCAAAGGACGAAUGACUUUUUAGUAUGGCGCCCUUGGUUUGCUGAUGGCUUAACUGUCCCGAAUUCCGAGUGAAUCAGGGCUGGCCCUCAGGCUCCCCGCUCCUCCCGUCGUGCACCCGAACUCUGGUUAGGAGAAGAAGAACACCUCCAUGCUUGUUUUUAUAUUGUCUCAAUCUUCUGCAUUCCUUUGUCGUCAUCCUCUGCCCUCUGGAAAGGUGGGCAAGAAAAUAUUUAAGUUUUGAGAUCAGUCUUACCUCUGCCUAACUUUUCCUAUCGAUUUCCAUAUUCUAAUUUUCUGAAGUAUUUCAGAGAAAGGUUUGUUAACAUAAGGCAGGCAGGGCUGCCUUACACGCGAUUGUAAAGGGCACUUUCUAAAUCUGAAACUGCAGUUUUCAAAGCUGGGGGUAUGCACGUGCAGGCAAGCCUGGAGACGAGCUAAAAGCCUCGUCGUGGCACUUAGACUCACCCCGUUGAAUUACAUUGUAAGUUAGCCCCGGGAGGAGACCCUGGGAGCACAGGUCUGGAUGGCUUUCCUGCUUAGUUUGGUAUUUGACGAUUCUAUACCCAGCAAUAACCUGUUGUGUGCUCAUAAAGCAUAUUGUCUGGGCAAAACUAAAAAUUCUCUCCUGCUUUUUCAAGCCAUUUGCAAAGGCUGUUGCUGUGUAACCUGGAAAUGUAGUGACCACUGACAUUCUUUUACUUAGUUUCUGGAGAGAAUUUUAAUUGGAGGGAAAGUGUAAGCCUAUAUAAACAAGUUACGUUUGUACAUUUCUUACCUUUUAAAAGAUCCCCUGGAAGGAAAGGGAAGUUUAGUAGAACAGGUUUUCAAAACAAGUCUGCUUUUCACCCACUUAGCAGCUGUACAAUUACUCUCACAGAAGGCUGCAUUUCUUUAAAGGGCUAAAGAGCAGGAAAUGUUACAAUUAAAAAUAUUCAAGGUGCCCUGGCUGGUGUGGCUCACUGGAUUGAGUGCUGGCCUGAGAACCAAAGGGUCACUGGUUCAAUUCCCAGUCAGGGCACAUGCCUGGGUUUCAGGCCUAGGUCCCCAGUAGGGGGCACGUGAGAGGCAACCGCACAUCGAUGUUUCUCUCCCUCUCUUUCUCCCUUCCCCUCUCUCUAAAAAUAAAUAAAAUCUUAAAAACAAAUAUUCAAGGCAUUUUCAUAAUUUUGUCUUAUAUUAAGGUAUCCAAAAUGGAUUUUAAAAGAAAUCCCUAAUGAAACAAAUAUGCAAACAACACACAGUUUCCUUUCAACCUUAAAAAAAAAGAAAUGGCUUUUACUUUCUUUAAUUUUAUGUAGUUAUAUAUCAAGACGUGUAAAAUCACUUUCCUUUUUGCCUCUUGAACAAAAAUGAUCAUUAAAACAUCAUAAAUUGCUUGUAAGUGUUAGUCGUCGUAGAGUUCAGAAAGUGUUUACGCUGUACUCAGAAGUUAAACUCUAGCCAGUGCUACUCAAGCUACAGCCCACCCAUAGGUGCUGGCCCGUGGGUUUGACACCAGGCCACACAGUAGGACCACGUGUUGGUCUGUAGUAGAUUGGAAAUUUAAAAACUGGUCUUUUACCACAGAGAGUUUGAAAAUUACUGUUCUAGAUCAAGAGUUACACAUGGAAACUUAUUAAGGACUGGAAACACUUUUCUUAAUCUGCAAUGGAUAUAUUAGCUGUUGUGUUUUUAAACAAGUGUAUUUUUUAAAAGAUUUUAUUUAUUUUUAGAGCGAGAGUAAGGGAGAGGAAAAGAAACGUUGAUGUGAGAAACAUCAAUCAGUUGCUUCUCAUAAGGGCAACCCAGGCACGUGCCCUGACCUGCAGUCAAACCAGCGACCUCCUGCUUUGUGGGACAAUGCCCAGCCAGCUGAGCUGCACCCGUCAGGGCUAGCUGUUGUCUUAAAAGAGGGAUCUUAGCAAAAGGCAAACCUAAAUGGAUGUGUAGAAGCUAUACUUCGCAAGGAGUUAUGUUUGAUGUUUUUGCUCUUUCUGUUUAUAAAGCGUUUUUGAUGUUUUCAUAUGACUUUUCUACCUCACAGUUUAACUGCCUAUGUUCUCUAGUAGAGCAAGGAGCCUCUUCAGUGACCUCAUGACCUAUUCAUAUCACUGGGUGUAAAAUAAAAAACUUUGCGUUAGAGAUAUCAUUGUAAGACAGUGACUCUCAACUGAGGGUGAUUUUGCCGCCCAGGGGGAUUUGGCAGUGUCUGGGGACGUUCUGAGAUGUUGCAGCUGGCCCCAUGCUGCUAACACGUAGUGCGGCCGUGGGGCCGGGAAGGGAUGCUGCUACACAUCCUGCAGUUCACAGGAGGGCCUCUUGCAGCAAAGCAUUGUGCAGUCCCAAAUGUUCAGAGUUCAAGGUUAAGAGACCCUACUGAAAAGUAGGAUAUAAAAAAAGACUUUGAGUGAACUUAAUUUUGUGUUCUAUUUUAGGCUACCUUUUACCUUCUGAAUAUUUAAUAGACUCAUGCUCCCACAAGUUUUAGAAAAUAGUGGAUUAGUAAAAUGGGGAGUGGAGGUCAAACUAUUCACGACUUGCCCCCAAAUCUGAUUAGGUUUGUGAUGUGGAAACUUGGAAAUUUGAACUCCGACUCAUGCCCCUAGAAUCACUCUGAGAUUUGAUCAUUUUAUUAAACUUUAAAGUAGGAGAAUCCAUGGAGGG